CAAAACAAAUUAAAAAGAAAAGCAUAUCCAAGCUUGGCCGGCCUCACUCAGUUUAUAACAGGAGAAGAAAGGUAGGAAGCGAGCAGAUAACACCCAUAAGUGCUUGUAGGUAUAUGAAUGGCGAAUGAAAUCCCCUUCCCCUUGUAUCACAAAAAUGCUAGUAAAAACACUAUCCAAAGAGCACUCGAUACCACACUCUUCUUCCUUCUCAUUUCCCUCCUCUUCUAUCGUCUCCUGUCUCUUAAAACCCAUGGAUUUGUCUGGCUCCUUGCUUUCUUAUGCGAGUCAUGGUUCACUUUCUAUUGGUUUCUCAUUGUUAACGCCAAAUGGAGUCCUGUGGAUAUCAAAACCUACCCACAGAACCUUGAACCAAGGUUUCCGGAGCUUCCCGCGGUAGACAUGUUCGUUACUACCGCAGAUCCGGUGCGAGAACCGCCUAUUAUGACCGUCAACACCGUUCUCUCUUUACUGGCUGUCGACUAUCCAGCGGACAAGCUAGCUUGCUAUGUAUCCGACGACGGUUGCUCCGCUCUCACCUUUUAUUCUCUGGUGGAAUCUUCCAAGUUUGCUAAGCUUUGGGUUCCGUUUUGUAAGAAGUACAAAGUACAAGUUAGAGCUCCCUUUAGAUACUUCUUGGAGGAUCCUAUAUCCAUAUCCGCUCCGAAUUUCGAAUUCAAAGAGGAGUGGGAAAAGAUUAAGGUCGAGUAUGAACACCUCUGCCUUAAAAUAAAGGAAGCAAGCCGAAAAUCAGCUCCAUGUAAUCUAACUCACGACUUUGCUGUUUUCGCCAACAUUGAAACCGGCAACCAUCCAACCAUAAUAAAGAUAAUAGGCGAGAAUUGUGAGGAAGACGUGCCGCAUUUGAUUUAUAUUUCCAGAGAGAAACGGCCAAAAUAUAGACAUCAUUUCAAAGCUGGGGCUAUGAACGUUCUGAGUAGAGUGUCAGGGUUGAUGACGAAUGCGCCGCUCAUGCUGAACGUAGACUGUGAUAUGUUUGUGAACAAUCCACAAGUGGUUCGUCAAGCAUUGUGUCAGCUUGUUGGGCGUGAGAGCGAAAGGGACAUGGGAUUUAUCCAGUAUCCUCAAUGUUUCUACAAUGCCACUAAGGACGAUCCCUAUGGCAACCAGAUGGUGGUUUUGAUGGAAUAUAUAGGGCGUGGAAUAGCAGGACUCCAAGGACCUCCAUAUGCCGGAACAGGAUGUUUCCAUAGACGAAAAGUCAUCUAUGGUGUAUGGCCUGAUAACGCUGCAUCAAUAAACGAUUAUGAAGCGAUGAAAGAGUUCGGGAAAUCAGAAGAGUUUCUGGAAUCAGCAACUCAUGCACUGAAAGGCGAAAAGGGGAUUCGAAAAAGCAUUUCAGAUUAUCUCGAGGCAUCGUUCCAAGUUGCAGCUUGCGACUAUGAAUUUGGUUCCAGCUGGGGAACAAAGUUUGGAUGGAUAUAUGGAUCCAUGACAGAAGAUGUCUUAACUGGCUUAAAUAUUCAUAAGAAAGGGUGGAAAUCCAACUUCCAUUUCCUAGACCCACCGGCCUUUUUAGGAUGUGCGCCAACCGGUGGCCCAGCAGCGAUGACUCAACAGAAAAGGUGGGCAACUGGCCUGCUUGAAAUCCUUGUUAGCAAAAGCAACCCCAUAGUUUUCACCUUGACCGGAAACCUCCAGUUCAGGUUGUACUUAUUCUACAUCUAUUUGCUUUCUUGGGGGCUUACCUCUGUUCCUGAGCUAUGCUAUGCUGCUCUGCCUGCAUAUUGCAUCAUUGCUAACUCGCAUUUCUUACCCAAGGUCCAGGACCCGGCUAUAUUAAUUCCAGUGGCCAUUUUUGUGACUUACAACAUGCUGACGCUCAGGGAAUACUUGAAAGUAGACCUGUCUUUCCGAGCAUGGUGGAAUAACAUGAGAAUGGCAAGAAUUACAGCGACUUCGGCGUAUCUAUUUGGAGUUCUAACUAUCGUUCUUAAACUCUUAGGUUUGUCUGAUACAGUUUUCGAUGUUACGCAAAAAAAUGACGAAGCUUCCGAAGAUGAAGAUGACGAUGAAAUAAACGGCACCGCAAAGUUUACAUUCGAUGAGUCACCGAUUUUUGUACCGGGCACGACCCUUUUGCUGGUGCACCUCACGGCACUGCUUUCCCUUUGCUUAGGGUUGCGACCAUUAGUUCAUAAAGAUGGGCAAGGAUCAGGGGUAGGGCUCGGUGAGGUUUUGUGUAGCCUAUGGGUGGUGCUAUGCUUUCGACCAUUCAUGAAAGGGUUGUUUAGAAUAGGAAAAUAUGGGCUUCCUUCCUCCACCAUAUUCAAGUCAACUUCUUUGGCGUUAGUUUUAGUUUGUUUGGGUACAGCCUCAUGGGCUUGAGACUUUGGAUUAUUAAAAUCAUAAAGCGUAUGAUGUAAAAGAAAUGAUGGUAUGAAAUCGUGUUUGACUAUAAA